GUUCCACUGCGCGGGCCAGUGCUGGGAGCGCCUGCCUUCUCUUGCCUUCAGAGCCUCCUCUUUGGACCUAAGUCACCGCUGUCCUCACGGCCAUGUUGGACUCCGUGACACACAGCACCUUCCUGCCCAACGCAUCCUUCUGUGACCCCCUGAUGUCGUGGACGGACCUGUUCAGCAAUGAAGAGUAUUAUCCCACCUUUGAGCAUCAGACAGCCUGUGACCCCUACUGGACGUCAGUGCACCCCGAGUACUGGACUAAGCACCACGUCUGGGAGUGGCUCCAGUUCUGCUGCGACCAGUACAAGCUGGACGCCAACUGCAUCUCCUUCUGCCACUUCAACAUCAGCGGCCUGCAGCUGUGCAGCAUGACGCAGGAGGAGUUCAUUGAGGCGGCCGGCAUCUGCGGGGAGUACCUGUACUUCAUCCUCCAGAACAUCCGCGCGCAAGAUUAUUCCUUUUUCAAUGACGUUGACAAGACCAAGGCUGCCAUCAAAGACUAUGCCGACUCCAGUUGCUUGAAGACAAGUGGCAUCAAAAGCCAGGACUGCCACGGUCACGGGCGAACAAGCCUCCAAAGUUCGCAUCUCUGGGAAUUUGUGCGUGAUCUGCUGCUAUCUCCAGAGGAAAACUGUGGCAUUCUGGAGUGGGAAGAUAGGGAGCAAGGCAUUUUCCGGGUGGUUAAAUCGGAAGCUCUGGCCAAGAUGUGGGGACAAAGGAAGAAAAAUGACAGAAUGACCUACGAAAAGCUGAGCAGAGCCCUGAGGUACUACUAUAAAACAGGGAUUUUGGAACGGGUCGACCGAAGGUUAGUGUAUAAAUUUGGAAAAAAUGCCCACGGGUGGCAGGAAGAGAAGUUAUGAUCGCCUCCCGGCUCAAGUUCCUUUUAUGGAUUUCUGUCUUUUGAAACAAUCCGAUUGCAAUAGACAUUUGAAAGUCUUUGUUUUGUUUUGUUUUGAAACCUGCAAACGUGCUGAUAAAAUUUCUCCACAUCUCAGCUUACAUUUGGAUUCAGAGUUGUUGUCUGCUGGGGGUGGUGGUUACAA